AUGUCUCCAGUCGACGACGAUAUGCCUCAAACAACGUCUUCCCCAGAGCCGGACCCCUUCUCAGACCUCAUCUCCAAAUGCAACAACUCUCCUGCCGAGAUACAACACGCCUACUCCACCCACCGGGUCAACCGCCAUUCACAGCAAUCCCUCCUCUUCCUCUCACCCUCCUUCCCCGGCGUAACCCCGGAGCACUUCCUCUCCCUCACCGAGUUCUCUCCAACCGGCAAAGACGCCUCGGGUCAGGCCAUCGAUCCGCGAAACAGCCUCGUUCUAUGGGGUCGUCCCCCAGAACAUGUCCUUAAGCUCGCCUCUGCCAUCCAGGCGAAGCUCAGGCUCGCUGCCCCGCUCGUAGAAAUAGCCUUUUCCAAAACUCCGGAAGAAAUAGCACGUCUCUUAGCCCCAUUGCACCCACACGUCUCCACCCUCGUAAACUACACCUACUCCCACCGCUCACGCCUCGUCAAGCCCCUCGUCUCGUAUGAUGCCACCGGCAUAGCCCUCACUUUCCUUCCAGCGGCGGGCGAACCACGUACCUCUCCGGAUCCGUCUUGCCCCUCUAACCUCGAAGAUAUCGAAGAAAGCGGUGAUGCGUACACCUACCACCACCUCCGUCAGGACGCCUACAACCUCGUGAAGAAGUUCUCUCCUACACCCCCAGAACCGCGAUACCAACUCCCCUCGGCACACAUAACGCUCGGACGCUACCUGACGCGUGAUGACCACGGCACGCAGGAACAGCGCGAAGCGUGGGUAGCUGUCGUUAACGAAGUUAACCGUUGGCUCGAGGAAGACGUCUGGAGUGGUCGGAGCGAGUUCAUCGGCGAAUGGGUCGUUGGUCAGGAGAAGGGACUCGAGAUGAGGGCUGGGACGGUAUGGUACGGCGGUGGUCGGACGGUCAUGGCAGGCGAGGGUUUCUAA